GUCCGCGCGCGGCCGGCCCUCUCCGCCGCCUGUUUGUGAAUGAGGCGCUCGGUUUCUCAAUGGAGCCGCGGGGGGCUCGGGCGGACGCGGUGCGGCCGCAGCGCUGGCCCUGAGCCCGGAGGGGGGCGCCUCUUCCUCGCUCCCUCUCCCCUUCCCUCCCUCUCGCCGCCGCGGCUUUUGAGGAACGGGGCUGAGAGGCCGCUGCGCAGGUCGCCGGGGCCCGCAUCCCCGAGGACGACUCCUCACGCUCUGGAGGAGCAGGAGCGCGGCGGGGGAAGGCAGGACGCCGAGGAGGCCGGCGGCCUUCGGGAAAUUUCCGCCGCGACCCCCCGCUCCGGGCGUAGAAAGUUCUUGAGUUCCUAUUUCCUUUUUAAAUCCCGCUCGACUGUUAGCUCCUCGUCGGCACUUUAGUUUAGUUUUGUUUUUUUUCCGGGAGAGGAGGGGGAGUGCGGGGAAAGGAGCGAAGAAAAUAAAGAAGGAUUUCCGCUCCGAAGAGAGCGACAGUUGUGAGAGCUUUUCCUUCAGGAGACAGAAGCGGCGUUCGCGGCCGCCGCGGCCGCCCGGCCCCGCCGGCCCCACCAUGCGCGAGCCGGCCUCGCGCUGCUGAGGCGCGGAGACGCGGAAGCGGCGGCCGGCGGCACCCGGCUCCCCGCGCUCCCAGGCGCGUUCGGUCGGCCGGGCGGGCGGUGGCGGUGGCGGCGGGAUGGAGCCCGCGACCGCGCCCCAGCCCGACAUGGCGCCGGAGCUGACCCCGGAGGAGGAGCAGGCCACCAAGCAGUUUCUUGAAGAGAUUAACAAGUGGACAGUUCAGUACAAUGUUUCCCCCCUCUCUUGGAAUGUGGCUGUCAAGUUCCUCAUGGCCCGGAAGUUUGAUGUGCUCCGUGCCAUAGAGUUGUUCCACUCCUACAGAGAAACACGAAGGAAGGAAGGCAUUGUGAAGCUGAAACCUCAUGAGGAACCUCUCCGUUCUGAGAUCCUUAGUGGGAAAUUCACCAUCUUAAAUGUUCGGGACCCAACAGGAGCCUCCAUUGCCCUCUUCACUGCCAGAUUGCAUCACCCCCACAAGUCAGUCCAACAUGUGGUACUUCAGGCUCUGUUUUACUUGCUAGACAGAGCUGUGGAUAGCUUUGAAACUCAGAGGAAUGGACUGGUGUUUAUCUAUGACAUGUGUGGUUCUAAUUAUACCAACUUUGAGCUGGAUCUUGGCAAGAAAGUCCUAAACCUGCUGAAGGGAGCAUUUCCUGCUCGUUUGAAAAAAGUACUGAUUGUGGGAGCACCAAUAUGGUUCCGAGUGCCCUAUUCCAUCAUCAGCCUCCUCCUGAAGGACAAAGUCCGGGAGAGGAUUCAGAUAUUAAAGACAUCUGAGGUCACCCAGCACCUGCCCAGGGAGUGCCUUCCAGAAAACCUGGGUGGGUACGUCAAAAUUGACCUCGCGACUUGGAAUUUCCAGUUUCUUCCCCAGAUGAAUGGCCACCCAGACCCCUUCGAUGAGAUCAUCCUGUUCUCCCUCCCUCCUGCCUUAGACUGGGACUCAGUACAUGUUCCAGGCCCCCACGCCAUGACCAUCCAAGAAUUGAUGGACUAUGUUAGCACCAGGCAAAAGCGGGGGAUAUAUGAGGAGUAUGAAGACAUCCGCCGUGAGAACCCUGUUGGCACUUUCCACUGUUCUAUGUCUCCAGGAAACCUAGAGAAGAACCGCUAUGGGGAUGUACCCUGCCUGGACCAAACUAGAGUGAAGUUGACCAAACGAAGUGGCCACACUCAGACAGAUUACAUCAAUGCCAGUUUCAUGGAUGGCUACAAGCAGAAGAAUGCUUACAUUGGUACACAAGGCCCUUUGGAGAAUACUUACCGUGAUUUCUGGCUCAUGGUAUGGGAGCAAAAAGUCCUGGUGAUUGUCAUGACUACCCGAUUUGAGGAAGGUGGCAGGAGAAAGUGUGGCCAGUACUGGCCAUUAGAAAGAGACUCUCGGAUCAGAUUUGGCUUCCUCACGGUGACCAAUCUAGGCGUGGAGAACAUGAACCAUUAUAAGAAAACAACGCUAGAAAUUCACAACAUAGAGGAGCGGCAGAAACGCCAGGUGACCCACUUUCAGUUCCUGAGCUGGCCAGAUUAUGGUGUCCCUUCCUCGGCAGCUUCUCUCAUCGACUUCUUGAGAGUGGUCAGGAACCAGCAGAGGCUGGCUGUCAGCAGUAUGGGAGCGCGCUCCAAAGGGCAGUGCCCUGAGCCACCCAUUGUCGUCCACUGCAGUGCGGGCAUUGGCAGGACAGGUACCUUCUGCUCACUGGACAUCUGCCUGGCACAGCUGGAGGAGCUUGGCACCCUUAAUGUGUUCCAGACGGUGUCCCGCAUGAGGACCCAGAGGGCCUUCAGCAUCCAGACCCCUGAGCAGUACUAUUUUUGCUACAAGGCAAUCCUGGAGUUCGCAGAGAGGGAGGGCAUGGUGCCCUCCAGUCACAAUCUCCUGGCCAUGGAGGGUCAGUAACUGUCCCACGAUCCUCCCACAUGCUGGCAGCCUUCCUUAAACUACCCUGGACACCGCUGAGCCUAUAGGUUGCCAUCAGUUAUGCUGAAGCAAUGGACCAACCUCUUCCUCAUGUCUCCUGGCGCACUCGUGCACGCAAGGCAGCCUUUCCCUUUGGCUAGAUAGAUGUGGUGAAAUUGCCACUAGAAAGGGCCAGCAGCAAUGUGUUCUUAAUUCCUAGCACCUGCUAUCGAACUGUGCCUUAUUAAAACCAAAUUGUGGCUAUCGGUUUUUGCCAGGGGCCCCGAGGUAAGUGGGGAAGGAAACUCCCUCCCCCCUUUCCCAAUACCAUUCUCCUUCUCGAGGUCUCUUUUCCAUUCCUUCCCUUUGCUAGGAUUUGAUGGGGAGGUUUGGUGAGCAUCCACCUUCCUUCCCAGAGAGCUUGACCAAGUUACAUACUCUAGAGAACGUCCCGAGUGCCAAGCACGUUUAUACCUAGGGCGUGUAUUCCAGUCUUUUCUGUCAUUCUGUGUGUGUGUGUGUGUGCAUGCGCGCAUGUGCGCGCACACUUACAUGUAUGGGUCCAUAUGUACGUGUGUAUAUAAUAUAUAUUGUAUGUGAUAAUAUGGUCGUAUUCUAUAAAUACAUAUACACAGAGAUACUCCUUUGUAGACUUUCCUGGGGCUCCGUGUUGCAGUUCAGGACUCUGCUUCUUGGACCCAACUGUUUAUCCUGGACUAGCUGGGGCUGGGGAUCACUUCCCUUGUUAUCAGACUGCAGAGUGGUGGAAGAGGACACACACACACAUCCGCUCCUCAUGCUCCUGCCACAGGCCCUCAUUCUUACAUAAGGACUUACCUCUUUCCAGAAUACUGGAGCCAAGAAUUCUGAUUUGUGGUGACACUGGUUUAACUUAGCAUGAAUUGCCCUUAUCUAAUGAUUUUACUCUGUUUACUUUGCCAAUUUGGGGAAUAGACCUCCACUGUGAUUCCAGACCCUCUUUCCUCUCUCUGUCCCUUGGGGCUUGGGGUCUGGGAGUAAAGAUGAGCAGUCAGAGCCAAGAACAAUUGGUACGAAGUCUUAGAAGAAAAGAGAGGGAGCCCAGGUGUGAGAGAGAAAGGAAACUACUAUGAGAAUCCCUCUUUGGGAGAAUGAACUGGGGCCCCUUUUUCUUUCGCUAGAAAGUUCCUUUCCUUAUGCAACUUGGCCCUGUCCACUUAAAUGUCCAUCUCUUCCUUCCUAGCAGCCUGCCAGACCCUGGAGCUCAGGCUGGGUGGGCUCUGUGUCAAUAAAAAGCUUAACCCCUGGCUGGGUAGGGCAGUUGCCUGCAAUCACUGUUUGCCCCCUAUUCACCCAUCCUGUCCCUGUCUGCUCCCAGCCUGCCCAGCCUGAUGUGCCAGGGAUGGAAUCAAAGAGUCCCCAGCACUCCACAUUCGCAAGAAAAUCCUAGGAACCCAUAAACCUCCCAUCCCAGAUGAGGUUGGCAGCUGAUCAGACCUCGAUACUUUUAUACUGUAAUAAGCUCUUUGAAUGUAUAUAUUCUUAUUUUUACAAUCUUUUCAUUUUGUAUUUAACAUCAAUGGACUGAGUCAGAUUCAGAAAAUAAUUGUAAAUGUUCAUAUUCAAUAUCUUAUAGCGAUACAGUUUUGUAUUUACGUAUAAAUAUACCGACAUGAUCAAACCUUUUUAGCUUCAUCAAUUUAGUAGCAGUCUGGGCUGGGAAGGUGAGAAAGGGGUCCAAGAGCUGGUCUGGGAGGGAUGGGGAGGCAGGGUGGGACCCAAGGCCUGGGUAUCUGAGACUUUCAGUUCUCAGAGCCAUCUACUUUAUCCAUAGGCCAUAGCCCUAGCUGUGGGCAGGCAAAGGGAACCACCAGUCGAGUGCUUGCUGGGUGCCAAUCUCUGUGCUGGGUUGCUUUCCUCCCCCAUUACCUCAUUCAAACCUAACAAUAAUCCAGUGAGGUUAUUAUGCUCACUCCCUUCUAUUUCUAUAUAGAUGAGGAAGGUAAGGUCCAGGAGAUUAUAGUGAUUUGCUCUAGAACUGGAGCUCAGGUUGGUUUGCUCACAAAGCCAUUGGCCUCUUCACUGUGUUGCUCUCUUUCAAAGAUCAAGGUAGUGUUUUGUCCUUGGAAACCAGAGGGAAUAUUUUUUAGCUCUCCUUUCAGAGUAUGAACAGUUUCUAGAUUCCAGGUAGUUGAUCCUGAGCCCAUGCUGCAUGUAGGGUGACAGAGUUGGUGACCGGGGCUCCCAGGUAGGACUUCCUGGUGUAGGGUCCUGAGGUCUGCAGAGUACCAAAGGGAUCAUUCUCCCAGGAAACACCAUACAUAGGGGUACACUGGUUUUUGUGGGAAGAUCUCGAGUCAUUCAUUUGCAUCUCUCUCUUAGAAUGGAACCAGAAGCUUUGUCCAUGUAGCACCAUGCCCCGUGCCAUGUAGCUACUCCCUGUUGACCAGUGACAGCCUGCCCAGUUGGGGCAGUUCUGGCCUGGAGAGUGUGCAAAUAUUGGGGUGUUUUUUAAUAAAAGUAAUAGCUAACA